AUGGCGAGCUUCCCCGCCCGUGGCGGCGGCGGCGGCGUACCCCCGCUGCUGCUGCUGCUCCUGCGGCGGCGGCAAGCGCGCGGCUGCUCCUCAGUGUGGGCUCUGGCCGCGGCCCGUUCUCCGCUGCCCGGGCGCUCGCGCUGCUGUAGCAGCGGCCCUAGCGCCGCCUCCGGGCCGCUGCCGCCCUCCGCGGGGCAGGCUGCACGGCUUGCGCGGCUGCUGGGGCUCCGCGCCGGGGGCCCCAGCAAUCGCAGGUGUGGGGCGACCCUCGGCACUGACGCCGGAGACAGGCCGGCUCGGCGAGUCGCUGCUACUCGGGUCCGGAGCGAGGAUUCGGCGACUGUCGCGACGGGAAGUGGCGGCGGCGUCCGAGAUGAUUCGCUCCAGCACCCUCCAGCCGUCGGCCGCUCCGAAGCCAUGAAGCUCAUGGGUUUGGCAUAUCCCGAGCGCUGGAGGUUAACAGCUGCAGUUGGAUUCCUGACUGUGUCCAGUGUUGUUACCAUGUCGGCUCCCUUCUUCCUGGGGAAGAUUAUUGAUGUCAUUUAUACAUCCCCUAAUGGGGACCACGUACACAGCCUGACCCAGCUCUGCAUCUUUCUGAGUGGAGUAUUUUUGUGUGGUGCUGCUGCUAAUGCAGUUCGUGUCUACCUCAUGCAAACUUCAGGCCAGCGAAUUGUAAAUAGAUUGAGAGAGAAUUUAUUCUCUUCUGUUCUAAAGCAAGAAGUUGCCUUUUUUGACAAGACUCGGACAGGAGAGCUGAUUAAUCGCCUGUCUUCAGACACAGCACUCCUGGGGCGCUCCAUAACUGAAAAUCUCUCUGAUGGACUGCGGGCUGGAGCUCAGGCUUCAGUUGGCAUUGGAAUGAUGCUCUACCAAAAUAUGUGUUGUUCCUCCCAGCUAGCUGAAGAACGGAUUGGAAACAUAAGAACUGUCCGAGCUUUUGGGAAAGAGCUGAUUGAAAUAGAGAAAUACACCAGCAAAGUGGAUCAUGUGAUGCAAUUAGCAAAGAAAGAGGCAUUUGCUCGGGCAGGAUUCUUUGGAGCAGCAGGACUCUCUGGGAACCUGAUUGUACUUUCUGUCCUAUACAAAGGUGGAUUGCUGAUGGGCAGUGCCCACAUGACAGUGGGUGAACUCUCUACCUUCUUAAUGUAUGCUUUCUGGGUUGGAAUGAGCAUUGGUGGCCUGAGUUCUUUCUAUUCAGAAUUAAUGAAAGGCCUAGGUGCUGGAGGACGUCUCUGGGAGCUCCUUGAGAGAAAGCCAGUACUGCCUUUUAAUGAGGGUAUUGUAUUAAAUGAAGAGACUUUUCAGGGUGCUCUAGAGUUCAAAGGAGUCGAUUUUGCUUAUCCAACUCGCCCAGAGGUGAAGAUUUUCCAAGAUUUUAGCCUUUCAAUUCCAUCUGGCUCUAUCACAGCACUUGUUGGCCCAAGUGGUUCAGGGAAAUCCACAGUGGUAACACUUUUACUAAGAUUAUAUGAUCCUAUCUCUGGAACUAUCAGUAUUGAUGGUCAGGAUAUCCGUCAAUUAAAUCCAGCCUGGCUGAGAUCUAAGAUUGGAACAGUGAGCCAGGAGCCCAUUCUAUUCUCUUGCUCGAUUGCCGAAAACAUUGCUUAUGGUGCCGACGACCCAUCCCUCGUGACUCCGGAACAGAUCCAGAAGGUUGCUGACAUAGCCAAUGCUGCUACUUUCAUCAACAAUUUUCCCCAAGGCUUCAAUACCUUGGUUGGGGAAAAAGGUGCUCUGCUUUCAGGUGGGCAGAAGCAACGUAUUGCAAUUGCUCGUGCUCUACUAAAGAAUCCCAAAAUUCUUCUACUGGAUGAAGCAACUAGUGCACUGGAUGCUGAAAAUGAGUAUCUUGUACAAGAAGCUCUAGAUCGAUUAAUGGAAGGAAGGACAGUGUUAAUUAUUGCCCAUCGCCUGUCUACCAUUAAAAAUGCUAACAUGGUUGCUGUUCUUGAUCAAGGGAAAAUUACUGAAUAUGGAAAACAUGAAGAACUUCUUUCAAAUCCAGAUGGGCUAUAUAGAAAAUUAAUGAAAAAGCAAAGCUUUAUUUCAGCAUAAUGAAAUGUACAAUAUACAUUAAAUCUGUGCCAGAGACUUUAAAAUAAAAUAGCAGACAGAAUAAAAAGCUUGAAGGAUAUCUACAAAAUCUAUAAUUUAAGCUUCAAGUUAUUUGAAAUAUAUAUUUUUGCAAGGUGUACAAAAUACUGUUUUGAAACUUAACUGUAUUCAAAACCUUUUUAUUCAGAGUUUUAAUAAUUAUUGUAACUUUCUAAAUGUCUAAACCACCAAAAUUAUUCUAAGGUUUUAUAUUAUUUCUUUGACUUGUUAUAUUCUAGAAUAUUGUGUGGCAUAUAAUUUUCUUUCACCCUUUGUUAUAUACAUUGGAACCAUUGUCAAAUGACAUUUUUAAAAAAGGGAAAUUUAAGAGACUGAUUACUCUAGGCUAAUUUGACCUUCUAUGUAAUUCCCUAAGCAGUUUUCUUCCUGUUUCAUGGCCUAAUUGCAUUCUUGGGAAAGCCAUAUAAAAUGAGAUUACAACCCUUUUAAAAAUCUAUUUUAUUGAUUCUUUUUUCCCCUUUUUACAUAACUGUUCAUUCUAAGGAUCCUUCCUGGCCUGCAGUAGAAACCUCCAUUGUAAGAAUGUACCCUGAAGCAAAAGAAAGUGCAUUGGCCAUGACUGAUAAAAUGUACCUCAUUUUUUAUCUGUAAUCCCCUUUUUUUCCCUAGAAAUCAAAGGCAGCUUUGAUAGAAGGCAGACUUCACUGUGAUUCUUCUGAAAUUAUGAAUCUUUGCAUUGAUCAGGGUUCUGAUGUUUUUCAGUGUUGUCUUUUUUUCAUUACUGUGGUCAUUGUAUUAACUGUAUGUGCUAAUAAGUAUCACUACUUAAUUUAAAGAACUAUAUGUAAAAUUAGAAGCUUAAAAUGAGUAACGGGUAAGUUGUUAUUGAUCUGUAUUCUCUUCUGGUUCAAAGGAUCUGUAAAUUUUUUUGGAAGUAUAUGGGGCAGAAAUGAAGAGUUAAUAUUUGGUCUUAACAGUUUCAUGCUAUGAUACUCUAGAGAGCUUCAAAAUAGGGGGGGAAUCAUUCAAUAUAUUUUUACUCUAUACAUAUACAUGUUACUACGAAUGCUUUGGGAAACAAGACAAAACUGCCAGGACUAUUAGUUCUCCACUUUAUAUCGUGCAAUGAAUUUCACUUACAUAUAGGUCGAGGAUUCUUGGUGAAUAACCCCAAAACUGGGUAAUUACUUAAGCAAACCAAAAUUUUCAUCUUUAUAUUAGACUGGUAUAACAAUAUAACACUGGUUAAAUUCCUUGAAUUUCAGACUGUAACAGUAAGAUUUCCAACCCUGAAACAUUUGAAGAUCUUUUAUUUUUAGUGUCUUUUGUUUUAUAAGACAAUAAUUACAAUUUUAAAAAACUACUCUGCUGAACAAAAAACUUACAGCCUAUUUUUCUUUCAUUCAAAGCAGUAGUCUCAACCCCUAAAAAAAAAGGUUGGAAACCAUUGGGCUUAUUUUCCAUGUCAGUACUAUUAAUUUUCAUUUUGCCUGAGAACAUGCUUUUUGUACUUAUUUUAAGUUGGUGAAAAUUCUGAAGUGAUACUUUUAAAUUAAAGUUUUCCUACAUGC